CAAUGGAAAAAUCGCAAGAAGUAGAAAGUUGUUAAGCGUUGAAUUGUAACCAGCAAUAAAUAUUGCAAAAGAAGAAGUUCUAAGAAACAAAACACGUGAAAACAUUAAACAAACAAUAACAACAAAUGCAACAAAGCCACAACCAACUACAGAAGUGGACGCAUCCACAACAACAACUGCAGAGAAAACUGCGAGACUAUCACCACCAAGAAGUUUUGUUAGCAAACGCGAUGGUGAGAACCACCGAUUUGAAAAUAGAAACUACAGAAACAAAAAACAACGACACAUACCACAGAUCAAUCAUAUUGCCAAAUUGGAUGGAAAACCCACAAGUCGACAUCAGCAUGACCAACAGCAAACAUAGUCACACAGCAGCUGCGGCCGUGAUCAACCACAGACACUGCGUGCAAAAUCAGCACAGUAGGGCAACGCCAGCAAAUAAAUCAUUUUUUCAAAGCCCAUCUUCUGCAGCAUCAGUCACACCGAGAAACUCAUUGCGUAUGCGAGCGAUGUUUAUGCUGCAAGGCUGCCACUUGUCCGACAAACUCCAUCCAUUUGCGCUGCUACUUGUCAUCCUGCUAUCCGUUGCAAGUGUGACGACAACUGAAGGCAUGGACAUGUACGAAAGUACGACACCAAUGCACUCGACUACGAGAGACAAUCAAACCGUACUCCCCAGCAACGAGCUUAGUAGCCCGUCAUUAGCAAUUAACACAAGCAAUUGGCAAGAGCUCGAUGCAACAACCAGCCACGGCUAUAGUUGGCGCAAUCAAAGCCAAAUCAAUGGUGACAGUGAUGGUAGUGGAAAUGCUGGCCGCAAAAAUAGCAGCGACUCGAUUUUUAUGCGUUUCGCGAAACGUUUCUCCACUGGCAAUGAAUUGUGGGAUGACAUUAUACGCGAUUGCUACCAGCAACCCACCGUCAGUUGUUUCCAGAAGAACGUUUUUACGUACUUAAACGGUGCGCUCGACGCACACGAUGUAAAUGUAACGCAGCGCUUGAAAUUCUACCGCAAUCAAGUGGACUACGCGGAUAUGCAACAUGAGCCAACGGAAGCGGCCGCCGCGAAGGCUGGCAUGGAUGGAUCUUCAGAAGAACAGAACUCAAUUAAGAUGCUGCUAUCCGAGGAAGAACAGUUACUCUCCAACGAGAUACCCCAUGAAGAAGGCCGAGCCACAAAAGCCCACACAGAGAGUGAGACAAUUGAAACGCCCAUUGAAGAAGUUACCAACGCCCUCUAUGGCAAAAGCGUAAAAUUCGCUAUGACACACGACAUGGAAAUAAAAUUGCCGGAGAUGAUGUUCGAUGGCGCCACAUUUCGCAUUUCUCCACGUUCAUUCGAAGGGAAUGGAAUUAUCGCAAAGCUGGAGUUGAUACCGAAACAGGAAGUGGAAGCCCGUUUGGCUGGCAAAAUAAUCAUGAAGAAGAUACAGAAAUUCUUACGCAGCAAAUUAUUACUAUCAUUUCUGGCGCUUGUGCUCAUUAUAAAAAUCAUCAAAAUCAAAUUGUUCUGGCUGUUGCCGUUGGUGAUAGGUGUCGGCGCUGCCAAGAAGUUGCUGCUCAAAUUCUUGCUAUUCCUCUUCCCCGCGCUGUCACAUCUCUUCAAGCUGUGCUCCUAUUAUCAACAGACAUAUCACUCCACCAAAUAUCAUCACCACCAUCAUCUUAUCGACCACCAUCACACGGUUGUUCCAGCUUGGCAUGCACCCGAACACCAUUCAAUACCGGAAAUUAUUUAUACUCAUCCUCCAAAAGGGCAUCCUUCUACAUAUUUGCACGGCGCACCAAUUCACGAAAACUACGGCCCUUACUCAUUGGAACAUAAUGAGGGUAAUUGGGAAAAUUCUGGUCCGGGAUUGGGUUCAGAUUAUAUUGGCGAUAUAAAUCGGUCCGCACAAGUUGAUGAAAAUUCUAAUUAUUUUAAACCAAAUGCCAACAAGGAUGCCAAUGAAAUACUUGUUUGGGGUUUGGGUACCACACAGCCAACCAUUCCUCAACAACAACAACAACAUCAACAACAAAGGUAUCGACCGGUAACACAGCAACAACCACCUACACAACAACAUCGACCGCCAUCACUUGUACAGCAACAAAAAUUGCAAUUACAACAGCAACAACAGCUAGUACAACAAAAACUGAAAACACAACAAAAACAACAGCAAACACAUAAUCUUCAGAAACCACACGCCACUAGUCACAGUUUUAAUCCAUUUUUGAAUGGUGAAAAUAAUUUGAAACAAAGCUUAUUUGCCACAAAAUUAAAAUCUCCGGCACAAGCACAAUCCGCGCCAAAUCCAGUUUAUGCGCCCCCACCAGCGCCGCCAUCGCAUCCGCAGCAGCCAUCGGCAGAGGCAUUAACCGCAGCCGCACACAUUGCGGCUCAAUACGAUCCGGCACGCAAUAGUCUCGCACAACAACAACAAAAACAGGACCAACUUAAACAGCAACAGCUACAGCAAUUACUAAAACAACAGCAGCAACAAUUGUCGCCCGAAUUGGCCGCACAACUAAAAGAAGCCUUACGAAUCCAGGCGGAACACCGCAUAAUAUCGCAACAACAACAAAUACUUGACAAACAGCCAUUUGUACAGGAUGGACAGCCAAUCAUGCCAAAGAACUAUGAUCCGUUUUACAGUCCAAUUCUUUUGAAAAUUGAUAAAAUCGUUGAACAACUCGGAGUUACAGAUGAUCUCUGCAAAGAGCGUCUUAUCUGCAGCAUGUAUAAGGAUCCAACGCGAUACAGUCCGCAUAGUAAUUUCGUAUCUGCGGAGCUGAGUCGCGAUACGAGUGAAUUGCAACCCGUGUCGAACCCGAACGGGGCCGUUGUGCGCUUCUACCGUUUCAUACAAGCCGCCCGUGAUGGACAGGAUCAAAGAGAUUGCCUACGCCUUUAUCCGCAGUGCAACAUUAAUACGGAAUGAGUUGCGCUUGGCAACGAAGCGGAAAUGUGAAUGACACAAAAUCGAUACGUGGUGGUACUGAAGUGAAAGCUUCAAAGCACCUGCUUAUGCAUAGUGGGCAUUUGCAGCGUUUUAGGCGCAAAAAUGCCAAAACAGUAAAUUGACUAAAGCGGCCUGAAGCUAACUUCGUAGGCACACCGAAUAAGUAACUAACAAAAACUAAUUGUACAGCAAUUUAUCCCGCGGCGUUCAGUAGUCGAUAUAUUUUCAAUUUUUCUACUUUCGCCGUUGCUUUUGUAAAUAGGAUUAGUACAUAAGUCGAUUUAUUUAUUUGAUCGUUUAAUUAUUUUGUAUGUAGCUUAAUUACUAACUAGUAUAUUUUAAGGACUAACCGUUACAAGCUUUGAUUGUUCUUUGAUAUUUAUUUGUCAAAAAAUAUACGGCUUCUAAUUUCUCUAGUGAAACUAAUUUUAAUACCGCUGUAAUUAUGAACCAACAACUAAGUAUCCUGAUUAGACUCGAUGAAAUCUGCUGCUGAUUUUUCAAUUACGUCACUUGUAUAAUUAGAAUUUACAUUGAAUAUAGCUGGUUAUAUGUAUAUGUAAAAUAACUUAUAUAUAUAUUAUAUUUAAAACUUUUAAAGCAAAUGGUCUGAAGUGGUUUAGAUGCCUAC